AUGAGCAAGUCAUCAGCUGCCUCAACUGCCAGGAGUAUGUUGAUAACUGUGGUAUUGCACUACAAGAUCACGCAUCAAAUGAGCGCGAUGAGCUUGAUUGCCAGCUCAAGGUCUGUACUACAGGACCAGUCCACUGCCGUGCAGGUGGACAAUGCCAACGGCGUAUCUGUAAAGAUCUCGUCGCUCGUACCAAGUGGUCGUCGCCUCCUUCUGACCCCCUGUCCAUUGCGGAAGCUUCGCGACUUGUGCAAGGAGGAGUGUAAUGGCAAGUGGCGUGUGAGUGACGCGCGCAAGAAGAUGUGUAGGGACGAAUGUGAUGAGAAAGUAAGCUGUCACCAGUAUUGCAUGGAGAAGACUUGCUGUAUGGGACACGAGCAUUGUCGUCAGGCAGGUAGUCACUACCGAUGCGGUGACAUUGCUUUGCAAUGUGAUUCUUGGAAGGAGGUAUCCCCCGGUCCAUUGUUUCGAUGA